AUGCGGCGCUCAGUCCUGGUCCGGAACCCAGGCCACAAAGGCCUCAGUCCUGUUUAUGAGGAACUUGAUUCUGAUUCUGAGGACCAGAACGCCAACCGUGAAGACCUGGACCCUGUUUCUGAAGACCCAGAGCCUCACCCAAAAGACCUCAACACUGUCUCCGAAGAAGACGUGGACCCCAGCUGCGAAGAUCUUGAGUCCGCCUCCCAAGAACUGGAACCUGGUGCGGAAUCCGCUCCGGGCUCCAGUUUGGGGAACUGUGACUCGGAACCUCAAGAUCUCGACCCCACGUCUGCAAGUUCAGACCUUGAUCCAGACGUCAUCGGUCCCGUCCCCCUGGUUCUCGACCCUAACAGCGACGUCCCCGACCUGGACCCCCUGCCCUCCAGCCUCACUGCCACCCCCGAGGUCCUGCCCACCGGCCCCGCGGUGCCCCCCGCCCCCGCCAGCCCGCCGCGGCCCUUCUCCUGCCCGGAUUGCGGGCGCGCCUUCCGCCGCAGCUCGGGUCUGAGCCAGCACCGCCGCACCCACAGCGGCGAGAAGCCCUACCGCUGCCCCGACUGCGGUAAGUCCUUCAGCCACGGCGCCACGCUGGCCCAGCACCGCGGCAUCCACACGGGCGCGCGGCCCUACCAGUGCGCGGCCUGCGGCAAGGCCUUCGGCUGGCGCUCCACGCUGCUCAAGCACCGCAGCAGCCACAGCGGCGAGAAGCCGCACCACUGCCCCGUGUGCGGCAAGGCCUUCGGCCACGGCUCGCUGCUGGCGCAGCACCUGCGCACGCACGGCGGCCCGCGGCCCCACAAGUGCCCCGUGUGCGCCAAGGGCUUCGGCCAGGGCUCGGCGCUGCUCAAGCACCUGCGCACGCACACGGGCGAGCGGCCCUACCCCUGCCCGCAGUGCGGCAAGGCCUUCGGCCAGAGCUCGGCGCUGCUGCAGCACCAGCGCACGCACACGGCCGAGCGCCCCUACCGCUGCCCGCACUGCGGCAAGGCCUUCGGCCAGAGCUCCAACCUGCAGCACCACCUGCGCAUCCACACGGGCGAGCGGCCCUACGCCUGCCCGCACUGCUCCAAGGCCUUCGGCCAGAGCUCGGCGCUGCUGCAGCAUCUGCACGUGCACUCGGGCGAGCGCCCCUACCGCUGCCAGCUCUGCGGCAAGGCCUUCGGCCAGGCGUCCAGCCUCACCAAGCACAAGCGCGUGCAUGAGGGCGCGGCGGCAGCGGCGGCAGCUGCCGCGGCAGCGGCCGCUGGUCUGGGCCUGAGCCCCGUGCCCGUGCUGAGAUCCGAUCAAGUCUCCCUCCUGGAUCCUGAAGCGGCCUCCGUGCUCACCUCUGACCUUGGCCCUGACCUUGGCACCACACUGGGCUCUCUCCCCGAUCCCAGCCACAAAAGCAGCCCCGGCUCCCCAACUACCCCCAGUCCGGAGCCUGUCCCAUCUUCUGACCCCAAGUCUGAUCACGAAGCCGAGCCGAACCCCGAGUCCCACCCUGACCCCAGCUCUCCCAUCCGUGACACUGUCAGUCCAUCCAUCCCUGCAGGUGAGAGUCCCGAGUGGGCACGGGAGCCAGGGGCACUGCUGGGGCCAGAUGGCUGA